AUGAUCUUUGGCGGAUCUAUAUGGAUCGAGAGGAAGCUGAUGGAUAGGAUACUCAGUGUGAUCUGUGCCAUACGAGAAAGGUACGAUGUGAUAGGCGGCUUCAAUGUUCAAACUGCGCCGAUGCGGGAGCAGAGUGUAGGCGUGAACGCCCUGAACGGCCAGCUCGACCUCAGAAGCCGACUGUGUAGUAUCUCUUCAUUGGGAGAGAGAUUGCUGAGGCUGGAGAAAGCAGUCUCGGGACCACACGACACUGAAAACUCCUGUCCAUCUAAUGGAGUAUACCAAACUGAGAUAGAUGUUUAUUCCAAGAAAAGGAAGCUUGAUCAUGUCGUUUCUGCAAAGGAAACACCCAAGUCUCCCCUCAGUAAUUGCCCAGUGGUCACCCCGGAUGAGUCUACUCACCACGCGGAACAUGCCCGGGUCAUCAUCCAGAGUGAACUCGACGGCAAUGAACGUAUGAACCGUGAGCGUCAAGCAAUUCUCAAAUCUGCUCUAGAAUUUGUGAAUUCUAUGGCGCGUGGGGCCGAUUCGCCGUCUGACGAGGCUCCGACAUUUGAUGUACCGCAUGAUGAUUGCCCGGAUAUUCCUGAAUCCAUCGAACCAACGCCUGAGCUGCUGUACAUGCUUCUCCGAGGUACUGGCAUUCAAACAUCUUCCUUCAACGACGUUGACGUCUCCUGGGUCUAUGCUAACUACGAGGCAGAAUCCACCGUCACGACCGGAAUGUCGCAUAACGUUCACUGGCCCGAUCACAUCUCUGACAAAACCCUACAAAAGAUGGUCUCCAAGUUCUUCGGCGGCAAUCUCACAGGCCAAAAAUUCUACCAGUAUUGCACUUGCAUCUACGUGAGAGCCAUCUUUCACACAUACAGCAUGCCCAGGCUUUAUAACGAUUCAGUUAUGAACGAACAAUUUCUCAAGUCGAAGAGAAUAUAUGCCGCCUCUGCCCUCCAUGCGUUACAGAAUCUUAAUUUCCUGAACACCCCGAGCCUGUCUUUCAUUCAGGCAUUGAUCUCCGCGACUUUCUUAAUGCAAUAUCUUGGCAACAUGAGUCAAGCUUGGGUGUUAAAUUCCUACGCCGCUCGCUUGAUUGCUGCUUUGAACUACCAUAAUGCCGAGUCCCGGAAGUCCGAUCCAGAUCUUGAGGAGGAGAUUAAUAGUUCUGUCUACUGGUGUUUUUACCUUGAUCGGACUCUAAGUUCCCUUCUUCAUCGGCCGUCAUCACUACCGGAACUUCACAGUUCAGCGAGCGACCUUGUCUGCUGGAAUAAUGCUCUUCCGCACAUGCCAAUAAUACGUAUCCUUGUGGAUCUAGCUCAGGUCCAAGGGAACCUUUUGAGCUGUUGCCAGGUGUCUGAUACCCGGCAAAUCUUGGAUAAUCACUCCAAGCUUCAAGAAAGGAUGAACUCAAUAUACUCCAGUCUACAGUCGAGCCGGAACUCUGCACCAGAGCUGAUCAACAGUGAAUGGGUUGCAACCGAGUUUUCUUAUUAUGCCAUCCUGGUGGACAUUCUCCGAUCAAGGUUGAGAUACGCAUUUUCUCCAUUGACGCAUAGAGAAUGUGUCUCAUAUUCCCGAAAAGCUUUGAAAGCACUACAGUAUCUCCUAAAACAUCUCGCCAAAAGCCCAGGCUUCGUGGACCCAUAUCCAACAUUUCUUACGUGGACUAUCUUCCUAUACCCCCUCAGUCCAUUCUUUGUCCUGUUCUGCAACAUAAUCGGCGAGUUAGACAUGGAUGACUAUCGCCUCAUCCAAGACAUCACCCAGAGUCUCUCCCCAUUCAACGCCAGCCCAUACAUAGCGAGGUUACUCAAACUCUUGGAUACUUUGCAACACCUCUGCGAGCCUUUAAUUCAAACCAAGCAGCAUCUUGGCCCUCAAGCCAAGGUUGCCCCUUGGUAUCCGACUACAAAUGGCGAGCAGCAAGAGGCCAUGGCUGUUCCAGAUGGGUCUCUUGCUUUGGCAGCCUCGUAUCUGGACUCUGCUGCGCAGCCGAACCCACAACAUCAACAGUCGGAUGCUAAUGUUGGAAUGCAACCUGUUGCUGAUGAGUUGAUGUGGCAUUUGUUCAAUAGUCAGCCUUCGCUGCAAUGGUGCGAGUCGGAUGUUAUCUCUUUGGAUCCGACUGUGAAUUACUGA